UGGUGUGUGCAUUAAGGGAAGCAGUUACAAUGACUUUGAGAGUGACUAUUAUGGGAUGUUGGUUGACAUUAUCGAGUUAGACUAUUUUGGGAUUGGUAAUAAAGUAGUGUUAUUCAAAUGUGACUGGUAUGACAGAGAUAAGGGUAUGAAAGUGCAUCCUCAACAUGGCCUCGUUGAGAUCAAUUACAAACUAAGACUUCCAACCAAUGAUCCGUUUGUAUUAGCUCAACAAGCACAUCAGGUGUUCUAUACUGGUUACCCAGGUAAGAAGAAGAAUCGAAGAUUGUGGUGGGCAGUAAUUAAGACAAAAGCUAGAGGUAGGUUCCUUCCUAGUGGGACAGAAGAAAAUUUUUCUGAUUUUUAUCAAGAAGAAAACUACAGGAUUCCUACCCCAAUCUCGAUGACAGAUGAGCUUGAUGACCCAGACAUUUUGGUUGGUGUUAAUAGAGAUGCAGAAGAUAUUGAUGCAGCAGAAAUUGAGUUGACAACUAACCAAAUGGAAGAGGAUCUUGAGGAUGAAGAAGAAGAUUUUGAAGAUGAACAAACUGAGGAAGAGGAGCAUGAGGCUGAGGAAGAUUAAAAUACAACAUGCAUAUUUAUGAAUGCUAAUAUAACUAAUUUUAGACUUAUAAAUUAUAGUUGUGCAGACAUGAGAAAGAGCAAAGGGAAAGCAACAGGUCCACUGAUUGUUCUUUACUUUGAUUGAAUUUGUUGACAUUUACAUUGUGAAAUAACUAUAACUUUUUAUUGUUGUGCAGUUAUGGCCAAGAAAAAAGGGAAAGCAAUAGGUAAUGGAAAAGCAGCUUUAAUACUGGCUGCUACUCAAGUUCCUCCUCAACCUCCUAGGUUGCCUGAGCGUGUCGAGGAAUGUCAUGAUGAUGAUGAUUACAUUCCUGAUGGGGACAUGAUUGAAGAGUUGGAUGCAAAUGAAGAAAUAAAUGAUGAAGAAAUGAAUGGUGCAGUGCAAAAUCAUGAGGAUACAAUGAAUGAGGAUCAGAUGAAUGAUGAACUUGGAAUUGAUCCAAGACAGAGCAAUGGCCCAGAACCAACCCUUAAAGCCCCUGUUGAUGCAAAUGGAAAAGUGAUUGUUAGGUGCAAAAGAGGAAUGUUUCUUGAUUAUGAGGUCAGUCACAAAGCUGUUGCUAUCAUGCGCCAAUUUUUUAAUAGUCCGUGGUUGUUAUGGAGGGAGGUCCCUACGCAUGCUAAAGUUGGAAUGUGGAACAAAUUUGAGGUGAUGUAA